UGAUCUUAGCUGCUCGCAAUGGGCUGUUGUAUUUUAUGCUUCUUGUGUUUUGUGGUAAUUUCUAUAGGCGGCUGUAUGCUGAUAAAUGCCAACGCAUUGCAGAGGAAUAAACGAUUUCUUAUUUUUCCUCGACAAGCGCCAACGCGUUACCAAUUUAUUGGCGGCAUUGGUAUACCAGCAGAUCUCGACUAUGAGUCGCUUACCGUUGGUCAUGUGUUGAAGGCCGAAUAUUGGCUGCCCUACAAUGCGACAGUUUUUCGAGAAAAUCCCUUUUGGCCAGAGUAUAGAAAUCCGUACAACGCUACAUUUCCCAUGUAUGAACAACAGCGACGAUCGACAAAAUCGACACUGCGUUGGAAUUUGUAUUCGUUAAUAGCGAAUCGACUGGAAAGCUUUGGCUACAAUGGUCUCGAAUGUGUGCUGAAAGCGAUUUGUGAAACGAGCUCGAUAGGCUUUCAACGGCAUCAUGACGUCUUUGCAAAACUUAUACAUAUCAUUCUGAGCCCGAGCACCUCUGCUGACAAAUCGACGGCGGAAAGUUCGCAUUACAAGCAGGCUGAGAAAAUUGGUAAAAUAACUGGUGAUUGUGACUUUUAUGAUUGUAAAAUCAGUCUGUUGAAUUUGAUAUCAAGAGUGCUCAAGAUCGAAACAUAAAUGUUAAUUAGACUAAGGAUUGUUUCUGCAUAAAGAUAAGCCUAAAGAUAUGUACCAUAUAACUACAAAUCGAAUGUACUUAUUGGGUACAUAUUUUCCCGCUUGUUUUUUUUUUUAUAAAAAUCCGCUGUCGAAUGAUUUUUGCUUUUCCGAAAUUAUAAAUUUAUGAAUUUGGGUGUUAAUUUUUUA